GUAUUAAACUCCAAUCACUGCCUCUCUCUCUCUCAGGACCCUCACACAGCACAGAGGGUGGUGAACCUGAGAAAGUGGAGGAGGAGGAGUCAGGGGAGGAAGAUGAUGAAGAAGGAGGGAGGAAGAGGAGGAGGUCUGACAGCUACUCCCUGACGUUUGAUGAGAGUCUGUCGUGGUGUGUGAUUGGAGGAUUGCCGAAGGACAGACACAGCAGCCAAUCGUCAGACUCACACAGCACCUCUGGCAGGUCAGAGCUCACGGUUGCCGCCUCAGACUCGGAGAGCGACAACUUCAGCGUGGAGUUCGAGGUCGAAUCCGUCGACUCGGAAGACUACAACGAAGACGAAGCUUCUCUGAUGUCCGCAGAAGAUCAGAUAUACGAGGUCACCAUAUUUGAAGCGGAGGAUAACGACUCGUUUGAUGAAGACACAGAGAUCACUGAAGCUGAUUACUGGCGCUGUGUGAAGUGUGACGAGUUGAACCCACCUCUGCCCGGAAAAUGUCUUCGCUGUUGGACGCUGCGCCAGGAUUGGCUGUCUGAAGCGUCACUCCCCCCAAAGCCCGCCUCCUCCAGUUCCAAAGACCUGCCCACAAAGCCCAUCGACCAAUCAGCAGCCAGAGAGACUCCAGGUUCAGAUGGCGAGGAGAACGAAGGAGUGGACGUCCCCGAUGGGAAAAGGUCAAAAGAGACGCCUCUUUCGUCUCAGUGCUUCUCCGACUCUUCAGCCCCAAACUCUGAGGAGCUCCUCUCUUCCUCCAUGCCGUCCUCGUCCUCGCAGCAGAGCACUCCUGACUCCCAGCCUUCUUCGUCCUCCAUCGACUCCCAGGAGCUCCUCCCAUCUUCCGCCAACACUCCUCGUCCUCCUGCCGGAGUCCCUAAUCUGGAGCGCAGUGUUUCUGCAGAAUGGCGUCUUCCCGAGUCCUGUCUGGAUCCGUGUCUCAUCUGUCAGUCGCGUCCGAAGAACGGCUGCAUCGUUCACGGAAACACGGGACACCUGAUGUCCUGCUACGUGUGCGCCAGGAAGCUGAAGAACAGGAACAAGCUGUGUCCCGUGUGCAGGCUGCCCAUCCAGUCCGUCGUCUUAACCUACCUCAGCUAGAACAUCCCAGAAUAACAUCCAGCAUC